UCGGCCCGGCCGGAUGCCCAGCGUGACCGGAACUCAAUGGGAUUUAUGGAAGGGCUUUCGAUGUCAGCCGGCCGGAUGAAUUACCUGUCAAAUGAACAACAAAGGGUCAGGCAGGCGGCAUAUUCGACUGCUGAGCAAUAGAGUGGUGGUAGGGGCGGUGGGCGGGGGUUGGGUGCCAGGCAUGGAUCUCCUCCCCCGCGCACGGCUGUGGUUCCCCUUGACCCUGUUUCUAUUGUUUCUGGCGCUGUCGUGGGUGGGUGAUACAGCCAGUAAUAAGUCAUCUUCAGUGGGGGGGAUGUUUUGGGCAACGGCCAAGGAUGAGUUGUCACAGGUGGAGAGGUCGGACGCCGAGGAACCUGCGGCGGUGGAACCGGAUGAGAUGGAAGAAGGAGGAUUCUCCUCCGUUGAGAGCAUGCUCCAAUGGGCCAUCGGGCAUUCUGAUCCAGCUAAGCUAAGGGAGGCAGCCCAGGAUGUGAAGCAUUUGCCUUCUAGUGAAAUAAAGAAGCGGCAGGCUGAACUACAGGAUUUGAUGGAAAAACUGAAGAUGCCAUCAGAUGCAGACUUAAUGAAAGUGGCUAUAGCAGACCUCAAUAACUCUUCUCUUUCAUUUGAUGAAAGAUAUCGUGCCCUAAAUGAGCUUCUUAUCCUUGUUGAACCAAUCGACAAUGCAAAUGAUUUGUACAAGCUUGGAGGCCUUGAUGCUGUUAUUAAAGGGCUAAACAGUUCAGAAUCAGAAAUUCGUACAAUGUCUGCUUGGGUUCUUGGGGAAGCCAGUCAAAACAAUCCACUUGUUCAAAAGCAGAUUCUCAAUCUUGGGGCCCUACAAAAACUAAUGAAGUUGGUUGCAUCUAGUCCAGUGGAGGAGGCUGUCAAGGCAUUAUAUGCAGUUUCAGCUCUGAUCCGGAACAAUGUAGAAGGGCAGCAAAUUUUUUAUGCUGCAGAUGGAGAAUUGAUGCUUCGGGACAUAAUGAGCAAUUCGAGCUGUGAUAUCAGACUUCGUAAGAAAUCAGCUGUUUUAGCUGCUGAUCUUGCAGUAUCUCUGUCAGCGAAUACACAUGCUCCUGUUACCGCCUUUCUGCAUGGUAGUCUCUUCCUGAAAACAGUGGUGGAUCUUACAGCAGAAUAUGACCUUGAUCUUCAAGAGAAGGCUUUGAUAGCUAUAAGAAGUCUACUUCAACUUGGAACGACUGAAGCAAAGAUUUUCAAGGAUUUCUGUGAAUUAGGCAAGGCACUUGAAAACAUGAGAAGAAAGUUUGAAGAGUUGAUGCUAGAGGAGGACCAAAAAGAAUUUGUGCAGGAGCUGGAGAUUCUCCGGCAAGAAGUAGAGCAUGUCUUCCUUAAGAAGCUAGAAAAGGUGCCAGAAUAGGUGAGUGACCUGUGUCUCAGCCUUUUUUGGUUUCUCACGUGGAACGAAGUGCCAGCACCCAGAGUGGCAAGCGUUUGUUUCCUUGCUGCAUAGGUUUUGGAGUUUUGUAUAAAGAGAAGUGGCAGAGCUGGAGUUUCUGCCACUGUCAGUGGUGCUGGAAAUUAAGGAGCACGAAGUUAGUUUCUCUUCCACUCUUACAGGUUGGAUAGUCUGAUCCCGAGUUUGUACAAUCCAUUUGUAGUUUCCCUCCCAACUUAGAGAUACCCUAACGAUAAGAUGUUAUGAGCAGUUGCAUAUAAGGACUUCAUUUCUUGGCA